AUGACCGUAGGAAUCAUGUUCUCGCGAAUAAAAGAUUUCUUUUACCGGCAUCGAAGAAAAUUUGUCGCCACCGGUGUUGUUAUCGGAGGCAGCGUGUUCCUGCUGAAAUGGUUACAGUACAAACUGCGAGAACUUCAAGAGCGGCAGGCCAGGGAAAUUCAUGAAAAGUUGAAGCGAAUGCAACACUACGAAUGCACCGAUCGUACCUGCAACCAGACGAUUCAAGGCUUGAUUCCGGCACUAUCGGAGAACAUAUUAAAAAGGCUCGACACAAACGUCAUCCUAACGAAGCUUCGCAGCAACCCACCAAACAAGCUGGAACUGUGGGAAGAGCUCAGGAGUGUGGCAUUCACUCGGCUCGUUACAAUUGUGUACGCUGCAUCGAUGCUAGCCGUGACAUUAAGGGUGCAGAUUAACAUCCUCGGAGGGUAUCUGUACCAAACCAUGGCUGACGAUGGCAAAAGCGAGGAACCUGAUCGGCAUUCUAUAUCAUUACAAGUGCAGACGGCUUAUCUGUCGCUGAUUCAGCACUUUAUGAGUAAUGGCAUCGUCCGUCUGAUCGAUGUUGUUAGUAAGAACGUGAACAUCGUGAUGCAGCGGUACAGCCUAAAGCAGCAGCUAACGCUGGCUGACACGGAAACACUCCUGUGGUCGAUCGAGAUGACGUUGAACAACGAGAAUGGAAAUCCUGUAAGCUCAAUCGCUUCGUAUACCUUGCCAGAUCCGCCCGCGGCUGUAGGCGAUGACAGUGUAUUCAACCGUCUGUUUAUGGAAACGUUGGAUGUGCUCGAGAGCGUGGAAUCGACAGAAGUUUGCUUGUCAAACGUAAGCAUUGGCUUUGCAAAGGUUAUGGAUAACAUUGCGGAAUACUACAUGGGCUCGAAUGGUGUGAACAAAAACACUAAAUCGGACUUGAACGUUGAAUGCAUAACCAACAUCAAUGGCAUUAAGAUUUCCCUUGCCAAGCUGAUACCAAUUGUGAAUGGGUUGACCAAGAAAACACUCUCGGAAGUGGAAGGCACCAUGAAUAAUGCUAUGAUGCCGUUGGUCACGGAAGAGGCCGAUUUUAUGUCGUCGAUGGUCGUCCAUUUUCUCCAGUCGGAAAAACUUCGAACGCUCGGAGCGAAUGUAUACGAAACGUUCUGUCAUUAGAAGGGAAAACGACGAAAGGAAAUACCCAACAUUCUACAUCGUUUUAGCGGAGUAGGUUUAGUUUUAUAGGAGUACAGUGGUUGGUGAAUAUAGACUGCUCUUGGGGCUGUAACGUCUAAGCAUGGCCCUGUGCAUCACCAACAGGAAACAUUCUUUAGCUUAGGUUUUAUUUUGUGAGCAGGACAGGGCUGGUCGGAUUAGGCUUUGUUCAAUAAAUGUGAUGGAUACGUUACUUUUUAACUGGAA